AUGGUCUCUGCUGAAUUCGAACAAAAGGCUGCUGAAGCCAAGAAUCUUCCAUCCUCUGUUUCUCAAGAUGAUAUGUUAGCAUUAUAUGCUCUUUACAAACAAGCCACUGUGGGUGAUAACCCAGCUAAAGAUGCUAGACCAGGUGUAUUCAAUUUAAAGGGUCGUUACAAGUGGGAUGCUUGGGAAAAGCUAAGAGGUAUGUCUCAAGCUGAAGCUGAAAAGAAAUACAUUGCUUUGGUCGACGAGUUGGUUGCCAAGUACGCUUAA